GACACUUCGUGGCCGCCGGAUCAGUUGGCCGAUGCUCGGCGUCGCGGCACGAUCGCUCACCGCCGCCAUCUUGGAUUUUACGAAACGCGGGCUAUUUUUUUAAUAAAAAUAAACUAAACGUGUCAACUGUGCCGUUUCCAGUUUUAUUUACACAAAUGUGUAAGAAGCUUUAUGUGAAAAACCGAACUCAAGUGAAUCAUACUAUACCGACAACGGAUUUUAAUAAUAAUCAAAAGUAACCAAGCAUUCCAAAUUGAAAAAAAAACUAACGUUUAAUUUAGUGUUGCCAUAUUAACAUUAACAAGCUUUUUUUAAUACUCGAUAAGGCAGACAUUUAAGUGAGUAAUAACAGAAAAAGAAUCGUGUCAAGAUCAAUAAGUGUGUGUCAAGGGGGCUCUGCAACUUUCCUUUUGUAGACCAAGCGGACUGGAUGACAUCGAUCGUGAUAAAAUACUGGUGAAUCGUUUAAAUACGACCUCUGUUACCUUAAACGGGUUUAUUGUGGACGGAUUUUGGCGAAUCCCUUCAUAAUAACUCGGGAAGCGACAGUGCUCGGACCCUGAUUCCGGAACAAAGUGCCCAUGUAUUAAUAUUAACCCUAAGCUAACAUAAAGAAAAAAGUGCUCGAAUAAAAAAAGUGAAUCUAAAAUUAUGAUAAGUGUGUGUGCGUGAAAAUGUCGACACAAGCGUAUUACAAGGAGCGGUUGGGUUUCGACCCUCAAGAGGCGGUGCAGGAUGGAGUCAACGGCGGAGCCUACUACGAUGGGCCCCAUCCUUCGAAGCGGCACAGGGGUGACAGGGGUGAACACUCCGACACCCAUGACCAGGUUUACGAGGAGAAUUUGACCAAAUUCAAAGAUGAACGAGACGCGAUACAAAAGAAGACGUUCACAAAAUGGGUCAACAAACAUCUCAAAAAGGUGUUAACGUUACUUUACUCCACGCUGCUCGGACAGACCUACACUCGUCUUCAUGUCUGCGAGGUGAUCAACAAUCAACCAUGUUGUCCCCCUCAGCAAGUGAACCGUCACGUGAACGAUCUGUUCGAGGACCUGCGCGAUGGGCUGAACCUCAUCUCGCUGCUGGAGGUGCUUUCUGGCGAACACCUCCCGCGCGAGCGAGGUCGGAUGCGUUUCCACAUGCUGCAGAACGUCCAGAUGGCUCUCGAUUUCCUUCGUUACAAGAAGAUCAAGCUCGUCAACAUCAGGGCUGAGGACAUCGUCGACGGCAACCCCAAGCUGACUCUCGGACUGAUAUGGACCAUCAUUCUUCACUUCCAGAUAUCCGAUAUAGUAAUCGGUCAAGAAGCGAACGUGACAGCCCGCGAAGCGCUGCUGAGCUGGGCGCGGCGCUCCACCGCCAAGUACCCUGGCGUCAGGGUGGCUGACUUCACGUCCUCCUGGCGCGAUGGACUGGCCUUCAACGCGCUCAUACACAGGAACCGUCCUGAUCUGAUAGACUGGCGUAAUAUCAGAUCAAGACAAGUCCGUGAGCGUUUGGAGACGGCCUUCCAUGUAGUCGAGAAGGAGUACGGAGUGACCAGACUACUGGAUCCCGAAGACGUGGACACCCACGAACCGGACGAGAAGUCCCUGAUCACGUACAUCUCGUCCCUGUACGAGACGUUCCCGGAGCCGCCGGCGGUGCACCCGCUGUUCGACGCGGAGUCCCAGCGCCGCGCCGCCGCCUACACCGAGCAGGCCGCGCAGCAUCGCGCCUGGUUGCACGAGAAGUGUGCACUUAUGCAGGACCGUGCUUUCCCGUCAACUUUGAUAGAAAUGAAGAAGCUGCUCAGCGAGAGCACGCGGUUCCGGCAGGAGGAGGUGCCGCUCCGACAGCGCGAGAAACAGAAGCUCUUCCACCACUACAGGGAACUUGAGAAAUACUUCGAAUCAGUGGGCGAGUGUGACAUCGAGCCCACGCUCCGACCGGACGCGUUGGAGCAGGCCUGGUCUCGCCUGCUGAUGGCACAGCAGGAGCGGGAGCGAGACCUCACCGAUGAGAUACGCAGGCUCGAGCGACUCCAGCGAUUGGCUGAGAAGUUGCACAGGGACAUAAAACAAACAGAGAGCGGUUUAGACAGCGUAGAGCGCCACAUAGAGAGCGAGAUCCGUCGCGUGGAGCGCGGCGUGCACCCGGCCGACGCCAAGCUCGCGGCCGAGAGCAUCGAACAGGAGCUGCGCGCCAUGGAGCAUACCGUCCAGGAGAUGUUCCAGGACUCACACGCGUUGAGGGAGGGGAGAUACCCGCAGGCUGCUGAUUUGCAUAGACGCGUCCAACAAGUCCACGACCGUUGGCUGAACGCCCGCCAGUCGUUCACUGGGCGCCUGGUACCCCGCCUAUCCUCAGUCAGGAUGCCGGUACAGCAGACCACGGUCCGCCGCGAGACCCGCACCGUGUUGGAGACUAGGGUCCAUGAUGCAGACCCCAAGUUCCAGCAGCUUAGUGAAGCUACUAGGUGGUGUAAGGAGAGAUUGAAAAAGCUGCACGAGUCAGACUACGGCUCCGACCUGCCGUCAGUACAACACGAGCUGGACAAGCACCAGAGGGAACACAAACAGAUCGACCAGUUCCACUCCAAGGUGGAACAAUGCGUCCACAACCGCGCCAACUUCAGCGGCGAGGAAUUGAACCUGUAUAACCAACAUCUCAGUCAACUACAGAAGUUGUACGCUGAACUGCUGUCCACCAGCACCAAACGCAUGUCAGAUUUGGACGCUCUCCAAGACUUCCUACAAUCAGCUACUGCUGAACUGAACUGGUUGAACGAGAAGGAACAGGUCGAAUUAUCCAGGGACUGGGCAGACCCCCACAUCAAUCUACCGGCUGUACAACAUUAUUAUGAACAACUGAUGUCUUCCCUGGAGAAGCGAGAGCUACAGUUCAGCAAUGUCAUCGACCGCGGAGAGGCACUCAUCGCUCAACAUCACCCAGCUACUAAGACCAUCGAGUCUCAUCUGCAGGUGAUGCAAUCGCAAUGGGCGUGGGUCCUACAAUUGACGCUGUGUCUGGAAACACAUCUGAAGCACACCACACAGUACCACAACUUCUUCGAAGAGGUCAAGGAGGCCGAGAAAUGGAUACAGAAACGCGAAGAAGCCCUGAACUCAACAUUCUCGCAAUCAGAAUUUACCCUGGACCAAGGUGAACGUCUCCUCAAGGGCAUGCAGGAGCUGCGAGAGGAACUCAACUCCCACGGAGGUCUGGUCUCCAGGCUGGUGGAAGAUGCACAGGAGAUCAGGCCGGUGAAGCAGCGCAGAGCACCUAUUACCAGGCCUUUGAGGGCUGAAACUGUUUGUGCUUAUAAACAUGCUAAUGUGGCAAUAGAGAAAGGCUCAGCAGUGACAGUGGUGGACAACUCGGGCCGCAGUAGAUGGCGCGUGCGACUGGGCGGCGCUGGUACCGAGGUACAAGUACCUGGCGCAGUCGUGGCACUGCCGCCGCCCUGCCAGGACGCUAUCGAUGCUGCCGGCAGGCUGAGGAGCGCUUACGAUAGGGUCAUACAACUAUGGCAGAGGAAACAACUGAGGAUGCGACAGAACAUGAUCUUUGCUACCAUCAAGGUGGUGAAGGGAUGGGAUUUCCCACAGUUUGUGGCAAUGGGCGCAGAACAGCGUCAGGCUAUCCGCCGCGCGUUGAACGAGGAUGCUGAGAAACUACUGGCUGAGGGCGACCCAGCCGACCCUCAGCUGAGGAGGCUGCGGCGGGAGAUCGAUGACGUCAACCGACUCUUCGACGAGUUCGAGAGGAGAGCCAGGGCUGAAGAGGAAUCCAAGAACGCCGCCCGCAUAUUCACAGAACAGUCAUCGAAUCUUCUGGAGCGUCUCGAAGUCCUGGAGAGACAGCUGCAUGAGAGGAUAGCCAGCCAUAUCCCGCGUGACCUGGAUACGUUGGAACACCUGGUGCUGCAGCAUAAGGAUUGGGAGACCAGUGUACAUAGCCUCACCAGCGAUGUGGAAGAAGUACAGGCUACGUUCAGAGGCAUCGCCCUCAAGACUCCCGCCAUGAAGAAGAGCCUCGACAAAGUGAUGGGCAAGUGGAACGACAUGCAGUCCAAGAGCCAACUCUUUGUCGACAGGUUGAAGUUCGUGGAGAUCGUGGUGAACAGCAUGGAGGAGAACCACCAGACCAUAUCAGAGUUCGAGAUCAAACUCGCGCAGUUCAAUGACCUACCGAAUGAUGUUGAACUGUUGAAGGAUAUGCACGAAGAUCUCCUCCGCAUGCAAGUAGCAGUAAGCAAGCAGCAGAUCCAAAUAGACCAGAUGAACGAUGACGCGGAGAACUGCCGCCGUCUCGUAGAAACGUCCAGGGCUGGUCUCCCACACUCCUCGCUUCCACGAUCAGGGAAGCAUAUCGACUUGGAGAGGCUGGACAAGGAAGUCUCCCAGCUGAACAAUAGGUGGAAUAAUGUCUGCAGUCAGCUGGCUGAGAGACUUCGAAGCUGCGAAGCCGCGUACCAACUCCUGCGCAACUACAACGCCGGCUUAGAGAAGGAAGCCGAAUGGAUCGAAGACGCAUACAGCAAGCUCCAAGCACAACCGCCCAUUGAAGUCCGGCCUAAAGAACACUUCGAACCGACCAGGAAUCUACUCACUAGCGUCGUGGAGAGAACGCCUAAGAUAGAAAAGGUUAACGUUGAUGGUGGCAGAUACAUAAGAGAGGCGAAGAUAUAUUCGUCGAGAUGUCAGCGAUAUGCUGAAUGGCUAUGCGACGAGGUACACCCAUCAUUGGACAUGAGGCAGCUUCGAAGACAGGCUGACAUCGAGCUUGCUGAGCGUCAUCGCGCCCGGGGUCGCACAGACCCGGAACGGAUCCCCUCAGGGUCUGAAGCGGUUGCACGAGAACUGGAUGACCUGAAUGCCAAUUACCAGAGGUUGAUGGAUAUGCUAUAUGAGAGAUUGAGAAGGAUCGCUGCCGCUAAUCCCGGAGACAUCGUUACUUUGCGUCUCGUUGAGGCGAUGGCGCCUCGGUCGGCACGAUCCUUCAGACAAGAAUUCAAUAUGCAAGACUUGACCACAGAACAUACGUACACAACGCAUUAUACCACAGAAAAAUACGUCAGAACAUCACACUCAACAGAGCUAGACGGUCAACCAGUAAAAUCUAUGACCAAUGGCAAAUUAAAUUCACCUAAUUAUACAACGAAAACAAUUAUAACAGAAGAUGACAGACCUGACGUAAGAAACCUAAAGAGGGUCCACAGAAUGUAUGAAGGACCAAACAUUAUCGAAUCUAAAGGUAUAUUGCAUCCCGAGACUAAAGAAAUACUCACAGUUGGUCAAGCGAUCAGCAUGAGAAUACUUGAUGUACGAACGGGGCGGCUGUUGUCCGCACCCGACACAAGACAGACAAUAAGUAUUGAACAAGCAGCCAAAGAAGGUCUCAUAGACCCCAAACUAGCUGCCAGACUUACAGGACCGUGCGGUAUGACCGAAGACGGCAACGAAGUCACAUUAAUAGAAGCAAUACAAAGAGAACUAUACGACGCAGAACAAGGACUUACAGAUCCAGCAGAGAAGAGAGUCAAGGUAACUGUUGAAGGCGAAAAGUCCGCACAAGGAAUGAGUAUUUCGGAUGCAUUGAACCGAGGACAAGUUGAUUUACAAAGAGGUCUAUACAGACUACCUAAUGGAAGCUACAUAACUAUUGCCGAAGCCUACCAACGAGGCUACCUCAUUUACAAUGAGAUUAUCAAAAUAAAAUCGAGUGCUCUGUGUCUGUCUGACGCGAUUAGCCAAGAAUUAGUAGACAACAGCGGUUGGAUUCUGGAUAGGAACUCGGGCGAUAGAUACCAAAUUGAUGUUGCUAUUAAAAACGAACUUAUUAAUCCUAACAUUAGAGAAGUAGUCGACCCUAAAAACGAUACUAAAAUUACGCUUGCUGAAGCGAUAGAGAAAAAUAUUAUUAAUACUAAACAUUCGAAAUACGUACAUAACAUAACUAAAGAGAAACUAACUUUCAAAGACGCGGCAAGCAAACGUUUUAUUUGCAAACCCAUGACACUUAAAGAUGUUUGCGACAACAAUCUUAUGACUAAUGACGGUAAGAUCUUAUCACCGGCUAAUCGGUCGCCUCUGAACAUUCUCGAGGCCAUUUCCGCGGGUGUCCUUGACAGUGAUAACGUUAAAUGCAUAACUAAUACAACGACGGGAGGUCUCCUCACGCUAUCGGAGGCAUUAGGCGCGAAAAUAAUUCUGCAUGACAACAAAUUCCGUGAUAAUUUAACAGGAGAAAUAUGUACCAUCCCUGAGGCAGUAGACCGUGGAUUAAUUACUUCUGUUUCUCAAAGAUCUAUUUUCGAUAUCGACGGAUUUAAAGAUCCCAAAACAGGGGAAUUCGUAUCUUUCAACGUUGCUCUCGGUAAGGGUAACCUUAAAUAUGUAAACGGUGAGACUUUCCUUAAGUCAGAAAGUGGAGACUGGGUAUUCAUAGAAGACUGCACUAAAGUGUCUUUAGUUAGGGCUGAAGUAUUAGAAAUGUUUAAUCGUAAGAUAGGAAUUUAUGAAAAUGGUAAAGAAUUGUCAGUUUUGGACGCAGUGUUUAAAAAUAUUCUCGAUCCGAAAACAGGGCAUUUAUUAGAAGCGGCUACUAAAAAGCCUAUUCCGUUUAACAAAGCUGUAGAAAUAAAUAUGAUUACACCUGAAGGUGCGGCUUUACUAAAUUCGCUUUUGAAUAUAACGCUUACAUUACAAACUGUUACCAAAACCGUAAAACGGUAUGUAACAGUUACCAACACAAGUGCUACGCAACGAUCUGAAACUAUCAUUACAUUCGCGGAAGCUAUAAGACGCGGUCUUAUCGAUGAAAAUACUCAAACCUUUACUGAUCCUACCACGGGAACAGUGUUCCCUAUACAACAGGCUUUAGAUGAGGGCUUAUUAGGUGUCGAAAAGAAUGAGCCACGCGUCGUUCAUAUAUCAGACCGCGUUAAGAAAGACUUGGUACCAGGCCAAGUUGUUGAACUAAAAAUCACGAAAAAAUCGUUCAUCAAAGACUUGCCACCCAGUCCUGAAGGUAAAGUUCAAAGAGAUAGUGUUAAGCCAGAGACUCUGAAGAGCCCCGACUUUGCCGUUCAUGAAACAAUCCAACCUCGUGAAGGUUUAGUGCAGGAAAUACGAACUGUAACAUCAAAAUCAGUUGUAACUGAACCCUCGGUAACUUCUAUGACUAUCAAAAAGAAUACGAUAGAGCUACCUCGUGGUGGCUGGACUUUGAAAGAAGCUAUCCAGCAAAAUCUUUUUGACCCAUCUACUGGUAUGUUUGUUAUUCCCGGUACAGACAGAGUUCUAGACCUAGAAGAAGCCAUUAAAUUGAACAUUAUAAACGGAGACUCGGCAAAUGUAGUAGAUCCAAAAUCUAAGAAAGAGAUCCCUCUCAACCGCGCUAUAGAUUCGCGAAUCAUCGACAGUACGGGACAUUAUAAACAUAAAACGGAAAUAAUUACUAUGAAACAAGCGAUUGAGCGUAGGUUUAUUGUCUUCAUCCAACUGACAACUACAACUCAUUCACAGAAAGUUAUUACUAUUACGUCUGUAGCUGGGAUGCCGGACAAGAUGGAAAUAUCUGAAAUGUAUGAUGCGCCAACACAUGAAAUGAUAACGGAAGACCAAUCAGCCUUGGAACCCGUUCAGGUAAAACCUGGUGUGAUUUUUGAUCCCGCUACAGCUUUAGUUAUUUCCACCUCGUCUGGUGUUUCUGAAAAUGUUUUAGAGGCAGUAGAUCGCGGAUUGUUACCUGCUAACAGCGUUAAAGUUGUUGAACCUCAAUCAGGUAGGCCUAUAUCGCUAAAACAGGCUGUAGAACACGGUAUAGUCGACCCUAACACUGGAGAAUAUAAAGACAAAACUGGAAAGAGAAUAAGUCUCGUAGAUGCGGCUAAAAUAGGUCUAGUUGCAGUAGUAGGUGCACCUCUUGUAGCAGCGUCUAAAGUCAUUCAAGUAGUUAAAAGCACUAUGGUAGUAGACCCACAAACAGGUGAAAAUAUACCCAUGGAAGUAGCUUAUGAAAGAGGGUUAGUGGACCCAGUAACUUACAAAAAAUACGAGGAAUCUAUUAGGGAUAGGUCACCAGAGACAGAAGUCACUCAAGAAAUUAAGACAACUAGUACUAGUAGCGUGACGUAUUCACAGGUUACCACAACUAAAACUCUACCAACAGAAACAACUGUAACUGUUGUAGUUGACCCGAAAACUGGUGAAAAAUUACCGAUAGAGGUCGCGUAUGAAAGAGGUCUUAUUGAUCCAAUAUCAUACAAGAAAUAUGAAUUGUCAAUCAGGGAUAGAACUCCUGAAUAUGCUCAGAGAAUUACUACACCAACAUCUAGGGACAUUACCUUUACUCAGGUACCAAGUGCGACCACACCUGAUAAAGUAGUUACUAUGGUAGUUGAUCCCAAGACAGGCGAACAACUACCUAUUGAAGUUGCUUACGAAAGAGGUAUACUAGAUCCCAUUACAUACAAAAUCUAUCAAGACUCACUUGCACUAAAUCAACAAGAUAUUUUAACUCAACCUGGAACUGCAAAAACUGUUCCCGGCACAAGCACGGUCACAAUCUCACAGGUUUCUAAGCCUGUAUCGGUAGGAGCAGCAGUGUCUGAAGGCUUUAUAACUGUUGAAUCAAUACAAAAUAGUCUUUCAGCUGACAAUAGACGAGUUAUUGAAACCAACGUAAUUACUGAAAAGUUAAAAUCAAAACCCACUGAUGUUAUCCAAAUUAACAAAACCACUAUUAGUACCAAACCCAAAUAUAAAGUUAACAUAGGUAGAGAACAAACUCCCGAAAGACAAGUUCUUGAAACUAAACCAAUAGUGUUACAAAAACUUAGAAAACAUGUCGUUACUCCAAGUGAAGCUAUUGAACAGGGAUUGAUAGAUAAAGACACUGUCAAAAUACUAGAAGCCGUCAAAGUUUAUAAAGAUGAAAAUGGUUCACCAAUUACUCUUGAAGUCGCUAUCGAAAAAGGCAUCAUCGAUGAAAAUAAGGGUAAAAUCGUUGAUCCGGUGCGUGGUGAUGUUCUUACUAUUAAGGAAGCCAUUAACAGAGGAAUUCUUGAUGUUGAAGGCCAGGAUGAAAUAUUGAUUCCAUUAGCUAAGAGUCUAUCUAUUCCCGAAGUUUUAGAACAGGGACUCUUGGACCCAGUCACCGGAAAAAUAGUUCAUCCUGAAACUGGUGAUUUACUGACAUUGAGAGAAGCAAUAAUUUGCGAUAUUGUUGAUCCUUUGUCUAGCAUCACCAUAGCUCCCGGCAAAAAGAUAACUUUGUCCGAAGCUAUUGAGAGGAAUAUUAUAGAUCAUGACAAAAACGUAAUUAAAACAUCUGACGGUCCUCUUGAUUUCGUUUCAGCGGUUAACGCUCAGGUGUUCCCUGAAUCUGAAAACAAGCCCGUCAUAGACAUUCCUCCGGCUGCAAUGACGCUUAACAUUGCAAUUAAAAAGAACCUAAUUAACCCCCACACCGGAGAAAUGAAACAUCCUUUAACUGGUGAAAUGACACCUGUAGGUGACGCAGUUAAAAAGGAUCUAAUUAUGGCUAUUCCUUUCCCUCAAACGUCAGAAACUUUAACACUAGAGGAGGCACUAGAUAAAGGAGCAGUUAAUCUAAAACAAGCAACAUUUACUGACCCCAAGACUAAACAAGUUUUGCCUUUGGACAAGGCUCUAGAGCAAGGCUUGCUGGCUGUCAAACCAAUGACUGAUAUGCAAACAACUGGUGUUGUAACAACUAUCACUGAAACCUUCACAUCGCAGCAUACUGUGACAACUAAAAUGAUUGAACUUCUCGCUGACUAUGUACUCGUCAGUUCCAACGAAGUUCAAAAUACAAAGACUGGAGAAAUAAUAUCUAUCGAUGAAGCUCGUCGUCAAGGUAUUGUACGCGACGAACAGACUAGCAAAGAACAAUUCAUUACUGACACAAAUAUCAACUUUGAAGACGCUCUGAAUCUCGGUUAUAUUAAUAUAGAAGCUGGCACAUUUACUCAUCCGAAAACGGGUGAAACAGUCACUAUUUCUGAAGCCGUUACUAGCGGGCUAUUGAACACUGAAGUGCCAGCCGAUACUGGUAAAUCUAGUCCACAAAAACAAGUUCUAGAAAUGUUAGAUCUAAACGAGGCAUUUGAACUCUUGUUCGAUGAAAAGACCCAAAAAUUCAGAGAUCCAAAAUCACCCAAUAAGGUUAUAACUUUCAAAGAAGCUCUCGAAAAGAAGGUAAUUAAUCCUGAUUCUGUUAUUUACAACGUAGAAGCUGGUAAACCAGUGACUCUCAAAGAAGCAUUAAAUACAGGAUUGAUUGAUAAGAAAACAGGAAAACUAAAAGAACCUAAGACCGGCAAGUCGGUAGAUAUUAAAAACGCUGCUAAAAUGGGUUUGAUAGCUGUUGUUGCAGCACCAGUAUUAGCUGGUAUGGCAGUUGUGCAAGGAGCGAAGUCAGUAACAAGCAAAAUUAUGCAGCCUAAGCAGGAAAAGGCCGUGGAAUCUCCUAGUCGAAUUGCAACAUCGGAGAAAACUACAAGAAACGAACCAGAUGAAGAAGAUAAAGACAAAAAGCCAAUUAGCAAAGAUAAAAAACCAGCACCUAAAGAUAUAUACCAGCCUGGUAAACCUGAAGAAAAAUUGCAAACAGCACAACCAACAUGGAAAGAGCCAACACCAGCAACUACUGAUAAGACCGUACCAGUUGACAAAAAAGUUGUGAUUCCUGGUAAGGAACCUUCAAGCCAAGCUCCUGAAAAAUACGGUAUCAAAGAAGAAACUAUUACAAGACAAGACCCUACUCGGGAUAGAACUACACAAGAAGUUGUGAUUGACAAGAAAACAGUUAUAAUUAAGAAAGAAACAAGUCCUGAUGAUGUUUCUUCAGUCGAACCGAAAGACACUAAAAAACCAAAACAGGUUGACGAUGAAAAACCUGGUGUAGUGAGUGGUAAAACUGUUGUUACCGAAACUACUACUGUGCAUAAAGAGGUGCCUGAGAAACCGAGCCAGGUAACACCAAAAGAACUUGAUAUUCAACACAAGCAAAUUGUGGAAAGACCUAGUCCAAUCAAGGACAUGGAGCAUGUAGUCUUCGAAGAAAAACCAGCUGUAGAAGAGUUCGUAGAAACUAUUGUUGAAGGCGGUAAAGUAAUUACCGUAACCAAGACUGUAGUUACCAAAACUACGACUGAAAGUCCAGAAGAAAUAUCUCCUAAAGAACCAUUUGGUCAGUCACCUAAAGACCAGCCUGAGAAACAAGAUAGAGAAAAGACUCCUAUUUCUGAGAGUAAAACAAUUGUCCAAGAAAAGAGGACUGUUAUAACUACUGCAGGUGCUGAAAAAUUAAUAGACGAUAAACCAACAUCACAGAUAGCAUCACAAAAACCGGAAGAUUUCGUACUUAAUUACGACACAUUUACGAAAUUCGAUGACGGACCAACCGUUCAAGAAAUCCAUGAAGUUACUCCUGACGGCAAAGAAAUUACUAGAAUAGUUACAACAACUACUUCUAAGUCAGAACCUUCAGAAUACGUAACUGAGCAUAGUAGCACAGUAAUAACAUCGUCAACAUCGACACUAACUACUGUUGAAAUAACACAGAAUGAAUCUUCUUCUUACCAAGUAAUCACUGAAGAAGUUAGUGGACCCAAAGACUUUACGGAGACCGUGAUACAAGAAUAUCAAGUUACUGAGGCACCAGAUGAGACUGAUGAUAUUCAGAUAACUAAACAAUACAAAAUCUCUCAAGAUAGCGAAGAUGUGCCUAAGGAUGUGUCGGCCGGUAAACCAGACGAAUUACAAAGAGAUCCAAAUGAAAAACCUGGGAAAGGAAAGGAUCAAUACGCUGCUAAAGGUAAAACGCCAGAAUUUGGUGAACAAAAAGAACUUGAACCUGAGAAACCUUUAGAAGUAGCUCCAGGUGUAAUUUAUGAUCCAAACACUUCAGUUGUUAUUUCGACAAAGGAAGGCGUUGCUGAAAAUCUAUUGGAAGCAGUCAACAAAGGCAUUGUUCCUGCGGAUACUGUUAAAGUGGUUGAACCAAAGACCGGUAAAGAAAUAACUCUGAAAGAAGCUAUCAAAAAGGGUAUCGUUGAUAGCAAAACCGGUGAAGUUAAAGAUAAAUCAGGUAAAAAGAUGACUGUCGCCGAUGCUGCAAAGAUUGGUUUGAUAGCUGUAGUCGGAGCACCUGUUUUGGCUGCAGCUAAAGUAGUCCAAGUGGUCAAGAAAGCUAUGGUAGUUGACCCCAAGACUGGAGAAAAAGUUCCAUUAGAGCAAGCACGCGAGAGAGGUCUUGUCGACGCUGAUACUUAUAAGAAGUAUGAGGAAAUGAUCAAGACACAAACUCCUAAAGAAAUAGCAACUGAAGUAUUUGAGCAAACUACUUCUAAACGACCAGAAGGAGUGACGUUCACGGAACAAGUAGUUGAAAAUUAUACUACCACUACCACUUCCACAACACCAGGAGAAAUUGUUAUCACAACAACAACAGAGUACACCAAACCUGUAGUUUCUGAAAUAACUACCACCACCGUAGAACAAAAAGUAAUAGAAUUUGGCAAAACCACUCCAGUAAAUGUACAUGACGGCAAAUCGGUGUCUGCCAUGCUUAUUGAUGCGGAAAGGCAGCCUUUGAGAGUAAUUGAUGAGAUCACCGAACAAAAUGUAACUAAAGAAAAGGCGGAACCACUUAAGCCGCUUUAUGAAAAUAUUCCAUUAAUUGAUGCUAUUGCUCAAGGUAAAAUCGAGCCUAAAGUUUGUAGGAUUAUUAUCAAUGGUGUCGAAUCUCCGCUGACAGUACAAGACUCAUUAGAACAGGAACAAAUAAGUAGGUUCGCUCCAGUAGAUGUUCUGUCCAAGAACUGCAUUGUAUUACGCGAAGUUAAACCUAAUUAUACCGUUGCUAUUUCACAAAGAAUCACCCCUGAAGAAUUGUCUGAAAUGGGCGUAUAUGAUAUCGAAAAGCAAAUAUUCUUACAUCCCGAAACCGGUGCGAAAAUUACAUUCGAAGAACUCGUAUACGGUUUACAGAUUUUCGAUCCAGAAUCGAUAUUAGUAAAAGAUCUGAGCUCUAAAUCAGAUGAUUACAUUACCUUUGAUGAAGCUAUUGCCAGGCCUGUAAUUGACAAAACAACUGGCCAUAUGGUUAAUCCUAAGACCGGUAAACGUGUACCUUUCUUAGAGUGUGUACAGUUAGGAUGGAUAGUUGAAAAACCAGAGGACGUCACUGUCCCUGAGCAGGUUACUAUUGAAUCUGCACUAGAGCAAGGUCUGUAUAAUCCGAAAACAGGAGAAAUCAAAGACGUCAAUACUGGAGCAUUAGUACCAAUCGGACAAGCUAUCGAAAAGGGAUUAGUUGAUCAAGAAUCUCUGCUUAUUAAAGUUCCUCGUACUAAUGAAGUCAUUACUCUAUCUGACGCUAUCGAGCGUAAUAUUGUCGAAAUUCACGAAGGUGUCAUAACCAUAAUAGAAACUCAGGAAAUAAUUGAAAUAACUGUAGCCAUACAACGUGGAUUACUAACUGUAAUUCGUAAACCUAUUUCCAUCGUGGCUGUCAUUGACAAUGAUAUGUAUGAACCCAAGUCUGGUAAAAUAAAGGACAAAGUAACGGAACAACUUGUUAGUGUAGGCGAUGCAGUAGAUAGAAAUAUCGUUCAUCCAACAAUCUCAGAAAUUAAAGAUACUGCCACAGAAAAGUUUAUUUCUCUUUCGGAAGCUCUUGACACAAAAUUAAUUAAUCCAGAAACAGGUAAAAUUAGGGAUAAAAAGACUGGUAAAGACAUUCCAUUAGAUGACGCGUUAAAGAAGGGAUUAGUCGCAACUAAAGCGGUUACAUUCUCUCUAUUCGAUGUUAUAGAAUUAGGAUAUUAUUCACCGGAAUCUGGAAAAAUUAUGAACCCCAAGACUGGUCAAUUGAUCACUUUGGGCGAAGCUAUCAAAGAUAACUUGGUUGAUCCAUCGGAUGUUAAAAUAAAAGACGACAAGUCUGAGGCUGUCGUACCUUUCGAUAAAGCGGUUAAAACUGGUCUUAUAGAUUUAGAAAAGGGUGUCAUUACAUCUCCGUUAUGCAACCUUAAGGACGCGUGUGAUAAGGGAUAUCUGCUUAGCGACAAAAAGCCAUGGACUUUACAAGAAGGUCUGGUACAAGGCUUCUAUGAUCCAGAAACUGGAUUGUUGACUAUUAAUGACGUGACAAUGACUCUAGAGGACGCGAUUAAGAUAGGUAACAUCAACCCUGAGGCUCUCACUGUUAGGAACUCUAUUACCGGAGAAAUUAUUUCAUUAGCCGAUGCCAUCAAGGCUGGUAUUAUUGAUUCAAAGGAAGGUAAAGUUAGAGACCCCAUCCACGGUGAUAAGAUUUCCCUCACUGACGCUUCGGAGCGUGGUCUUAUUGUACCAGCUAAACGUAAGCUUAGUUUGCCUGAAGCUGUAUUCAAAGGCUUUUACGAUCCUAAAACUGGCAAGUUCUCUAAUCCUCUGAGCAAAGAAAAGAUACCAACAGACAGAGCGAUUAAGAAACGUUUAAUUGAUCCACAGUCUACUCUAGUCCACGCCGCGGGUAAAGUAAUACCCUUCGAAUUCGCAGUAGAUAGGGGAAUUAUUGACAGUAGGACGGGAACAAUCAGGCUAGGCGAUGAGAAUAUUGACUUCCGUGAAGCAUUUGAGAGAGGAAUCCUCGUAGAGGUUCGUAAACCGAUGUCUCUGAUCGAAGCAUUUGAGAAAGGCGUAUACAAUGAAAUAACUGGACUAUUCAUGGAUCCUCAAAGUGGCAAAAAGUACACUCUUGUUGAGGCCAUUAAACUGAACAUGAUUGACGCACAUUCAGUUCACAUCUUGGACAAUAGGCUAGGCAAAUGGGACAAGAUAACUCUACCAGAAUCUCUAGAAACUGGUGUCAUUGAUGAUCAGACUGGCAGGAUUAGGAAUAUUAACAGUGAUAACGAAGAAAUCAGUUUACGUAAGGCUUUCGAAAUAGGUCUGCUAGUAGACAGUAAGGCGCCUAUCAGCCUUCAACGUGCGUUACACCAAGGACUGUACGAUGACAGCACUGGUAAAAUUAUCGACCCGGCAACAAACCGUAAGAUCACUUUACACGAGGCCCUCAGAAGGUCUAUCAUUAGUCCUAAAUACCUUUGCUAUUUCGAUAAGAAAUCCGAGAAACCUCUGUCUUUGGGCGAUUGUUGUCGCAGUGAGAUAAUCGAUAGGAGAAGCGGUAAAUUCCACGAACCUGGUUCUGACGUCCCAGUCUCCUUGUCUGAAGCAAUGAGCUUAGGACUUAUUGUUGAUAUUGAAAGCGCUGGAUUCACUCUAUAUGACGCCUUAGCUAUGAACAUGUACAGUAUCAACGAGUUAGCAUUUAUACACCCUGUGUCAGACAGGCCAAUUUCCCUCAAAACAGCUAUCACCGAGGAGUUCAUUAACCCCGAAACAUCGUUAGUAAAACAUAUUCCAAGCAGUAAAUAUAUCAAACUCAGUGAAGCUAUUUCAAGUGGUAUUGUUGAUGAUGAAAACAGCAUUUACAUCCUACCGAACGGUAACCAGAUCAAUCUGCUUGACGCUAAACAUCGCGGUCUUAUAGUAACAACUAAAAAGAAUUUGAGUCUCGAAGAGAUUAUUAGAAAUGGUCUCUUCCGAGCUGAUAACGGUAAAAUUGUGGAUCCUAGCACGAACGAAUUCGUUGACAUCAACAAAGCUAUCGAAACUAACUUGCUUAAUCCAGAUCUUACUGUAGUCAAAGAUAAUUUCACAAACAAAUUCAAACCUCUACCAGUCGCUAUCCAACAAGGUGAUGUAGACGUCAGCAAGGGAAGGGUCAUUGACACCAAAGCAAAGAAAACUUACAGCUUAGACAUUGCUUUCGACAAAGGUCUUCUCGUUACUGUUAUCCAACCCAUUACAUCCCAAAUGGUAAUUAAGAAAUACGUAUCCGACUCUGCAGCUUCUAAAGAACCAAUUCUUAGGGAGUUCACACUAUCCGAAGCUAUAACAUACGAAUUUAUCGACCCUGAAACGGCUGUAAUCAAAGAUCCUCAUAAGAACAAAUACAUUCCAUUAAAAUUAGGUAUCACCGAGGGAAUUAUCGAUAAAAACGCUAAGGGUUCGUUCGACACUCAAAAUAGAUCACAAACGCUUUGCUUCGUCUUUGAAAACGGUUUGAUUGUGUACGUCCGCGAACCUCUAACGUUUGAGCAAGCGAUCGAAAACGGUCACUUGAACGUAGCUACCGCUCGAUUCACUGAUCCUCACUCCAAAGAAGUUCUUACGAUUAGAGACGCGGCCACAUUGGGCUACAUAGACCCCGACACGGCACUCAUAAAAGAUAAUCUCAAGAAGAGGUUGGUCAAACUCCCUGAGGCAUUCCGCAAAGGCCUCAUGGAUGCUGAGAAGGGCAAUAUCCUAGACACUGAGACCUCUAAAUUGAACACCUUAACGGCUGCCAUUGAGAGCGGGCUUCUCAUGACUCCUAAAAAGAGCUUCACCUUGAUAGAAACCCUAAACUUCGGUAUAUACAACCCAACAACCGGAGCUCUUAACGAUCCUUUCAUUACCACAAGUGUGAUGGAUCGGAAGAGGUUGAACUUAGGUGAAGCUAUUGCACAAGGAAUCGUAGACCCGUCAAGUACUGUCGUCAAAGAACCAGAGACAGGAAAGAUAUGCCCAUUGGUACAAGCGAUAGAACAGAAACUAGUUGAUCCCGUCGAAGGCAGGCUCACCAUAGACCCAGUCAAAUCGAUCAGUCUGGACUUAGUCAAAGCUCUGAAGAAGGGCUACUUGCUGCCAGCAGAAACGAGGCAAGCAGUGGAGGAGAAGUACAGGCUUUGUGACGAAACUCUAUCUAAGUUACUGGAAUGGAUCGCUGUGGUUGAAGAGAGGCUUGCCAAUCAAGAGGCCGUUAAGGAAGACAUGGAUGAACUGCGCAACCAGAUCAAUAUCCUUAAGCUCAUCAAGGAUGACCUGGAGAGUCACCAGCGCCAGGUGUCCGCGUGUGCUGACCAGGCCAAGCAGCUAGUCGUCUCCGGCGGAGAUGUGCUGGCACCUCAUGAGGUGGCAGCACUGGAGCGUGGCGUCCGUCAACUGAAACAGCGCUGUGACAAGUGCACGGAGAAGUGUGACAAGAUGCUCAGGAGACUGGCUGCGGCGAGAGACGAGCUUGGAAAGUUCACCAACGAGCUGAACACCUUCAACACCUGGAUGGAAGGUGCCUACCGCACCCUAGAGGACAAGGAGGCGGCGCUGUCCAAGCUGAACAGCCUGCCUGACCAGAGCGAGGACGUCAGAGAGUUCGUGAGUGACGUCAUCGCCCACCAGGCCGACCUCCGGUUCAUCACCAUGUCGGCUCAGAAGUUCGUUGAUGAGAGCAAGGAAUUCCUCUCAAUCCUAAACGAGUACCGAACCUCCCUCCCAUCCCGGCUGUCCCACAUCGCGCCGCGCUCGGAGAGCGGAGUGCGGGAGGGCGCCGGCAACGCCCGGCGGCGCCACGCCGACCUGUGUGCGCGGGCGCAGCGCCUGCAGGACUGGCUGCGGGGGGCCGCCGACGUCUCACGGCACUACCAUGACGCCCUACAGCGGGCUGGCAAAUGGAUUAACGAGAUCGAGCCACAAGUUCGCUCAGUACUAUCGGAGCCAGUCGGCGGUGAGCCUCGCGCGGUCGAGUCUCAACUGUCGAAGGCCAAGACUCUACACAACGAGAUCAUCUCACAAGGACGGCUUAUUGAUAAUGCUAAAGAUGCUUGUGAGCAACUAGUCAAGUCCCUGGAAGGCAACCUGACUCCUUCAGAGAUCCGUCAGCUGGAAGUACCAGUACUGGACCUGACGUCACGGUACAAGGACAUCACUGAUGCAGUAGGCUCGCGCUGCUCGGAGCUCGAAGCUGCUCUGCUGCAGUGCCAGGGGCUGCAGGACGCUGCUGAAACACAGGCGCACUGGGUCGGACAGGCAGAGAGCUUGUUCAAGAGCCAACAAAAACCCGCGUCCCUCAUCCGAGAACGUUUGGACGAACAAAUCCGUGAACAACGCAUCAGUAUUGGCGAGUUGGAAGCAAGGCGGCCAACGUUGGCCAAACUGUUGGCCAGUGCGCGCCAGGCCGCACUCACGCCAUCCAACGCUAGGAUCGCUAAGAAACUAGAACAGAGGGCUGAGGAUAUCUAUGCGAGAUACGAGAAACUAGUAGAAAGAUCAUCGAAACGCAGCGAGUUCUUGGAGGAGGUGUCAUCAGAGCUGGCUCACUUCAGUGGGCAGGCCGCCACACUGGACGCUGCGCACGCACAACUACUGGAGCAGGCCGACACCAGGGAACUCGCCAGGAUGCCUGCUGAGGAACUUGGCGGCAGACUGGCGCAGUUGGCUAAUUACAGGGACAAACAGAUGCCGUUGUUAGAAGAGUGCUUACGUAACGGCAAGCAACUGAUCUCCAAGAAGGAUGUCACCGAUACCCACGUUAUUCGGGAUAGAAUGAAGGCUUUGGAGAACCAGUGGCGUGACUUCAACGCGACCCUGGAGGAGAAACAGAAGCUGUCCAAGCAGAGAGCCGACCAACUCAACCAGUAUGAGUCGCUCAAGUUACAGGUGCUAGACUGGCUCCAAUCGAUGGAGAGCCGCGUGACGCGGCUGCAGCCGGUGGCCGUGGACCUCGACGUCAUCAAGCAACAACAGGACGAGCUCAGACCUCUCGCCAAGGAGUAUAGGGACUUCUCUAUUACUAUUGAUAAGGUGAACGAGGCAGGUGCAGUGUACGAGGCGCUGACCCGCGGCGACCGCGCCGACAGUCCGCAUCGCAGGAGGCAGAUAUACAGCCCCACCAAACGACAGACUCCCAGUCGCACCCUAGACGGCCGCUCCCCGUCCCCCAGCAAGGGGCACGGCCUGGUAAGUCCGGGCUCCACACACUCCACCUCCAGCGGGUUCUCGUCUCGACGCUCCAGCCAGGACGGGUUCCAUCUUGAAGAGCUAUCUCCAGUGCAGCAACAACUGUCGGAGAUCAACAACCGGUACAGCCUGCUGGGCACCAAGCUGGCCGACCGCACCGCCGAGCUGGACGCCGUCCGGGACGAACUCCGGAGACAUCUCGACAGCUUGAGGGCGCUCAAUACUUUCUUGGAUAAGGUCCAAAGACAACUGCCCAAGGAGAGCGUUGCCAACACGAAGGAGGAAGCCGACAAGACCAUCAAGCAAGCUCGCGCCGUCCUCGAGGAGAUGUACGAGAAACAAAGCAUUCUCGACUCUACUAAGACUCAGGUCCGUGAGCUGCUGAAACGCAAACAGAGCGUUGUGGGAGCCGACAGACUGCAUGAUGAGAUGGAAGAUGUCGCAUCCAGGUGGAAGGCACUGCAUGAUGCCUUCAAGGACAAGAUCCGUCUAAUGGAGGAGAUGAAGGACUUCCUGGACACGUACAGCAACCUGUCGGUGUGGCUGGGCGCCAAGGACCGCAUGAUGGCCGCGCUCGGACCCAUCUCCUCCGACUCCAGGAUGGUGCAGACCCAAGUACAACAGGUGCAGGUCCUCCGCGAAGAGUUCCGUGGCCAACAGCCCCAGCUGGCGCACCUGGAGGAGGUGGGCACGGCCGUGCUGUGUCGCCUGGAGCCCGCCUCGCCUGACGCCGCCAAGCUCAAGCAGAAGGUCGCUGAGAUACAGGACCGGUGGAAUGAUUUGCUUAACAAACUAGAGAAGCGCGCGGACAGUCUAGGCGCGGCGGCGGAUACGUCGCGUGAGUUCGACGCGGGCCUGUCGCGGCUGCGGGACGCGCUGCAGACCAUCAGCGACAAACUCGAUGACGUCGCCAUGGAGAACGAGCCGGAUGAACAGCUUAGGAAGAUUGAGAACUUGGAACGUCAACUAGAAGGCCAGCGCCCCCUACUGGCCGACUUGGAAGGCGCCGGGGCUGCCCUAGCCCAGGUCCUGUCGGACCCCGCGUCGCGCCAGGACAUACAGAGCAAGUUAGCGGCCGUGGCCCGGCAGUACGACAACCUGCAGAGGAAACUCGACCAUAGGAAGGCGGAGAUAGAGGCUGCUUUGAAGGACGGCCGCAACCUAGAAGAGAAUGUAGCCCGCACGCUGGGCUGGCUGCAAUCAGAACUCAGCUCCCUGCCGGGCCGCCUGCAGGUCUCUGCAGACGCUGCCAAGCUGCAGCAGCAAUUGGAGCGACACGAACCCUUGUACCGGGAGCUCACGCAGAGGGAACAUGAACUUAUCAUGCUGUUGGAUAAGGGUCGUGAGAUGGAGAAGAAGCCAGCCCACCAAGGCUUGCGCAAGGACCUCGACAGGAUCCAGACGCAGUGGGACAAACUCAAGCGGGAGACUGUAGACCGGUACACUAGGUUGCAGACCGCUAAGGAACACUGCCGUAAAUUCCACAAGGCCCAGGAGUCCUUCGUGCCCUGGCUAUCGGACCUGGAAGACAGACUCGCCAAGCUGCCCGCUACCGCCUUCACUAAGAAGGAGGUGGAGAAACAACUGAGAGAGCUGCAGCAGAUCAGAAACGAUAUCUGGAAGAGAUCUGGCGAGUAUGAGAACAACAAGACAUUGGGCGAGACGUUCAUCUCGUCGUGUGAUGUAGACCAGGAGGUGGUGAGGAAACUGCUCGACAACAUGAAGGAGAGAUGGGACAGGAUUAACAACGAAGUGCUGCAACAAGUGGAGUUCCUAGAGAGUACGGCCCGCAAGCUGGGCGAGUUCUCGGAGCGGGUGCGCGCCGUGGAGACCCCGCUGCAGCGCUGCGAGGAGAGGUUGCAGGACGCGCUGGCCGCGCCGCCCGCCCGGGCUGCUGAAACUGUCGCCAGUCUCGCCGACCAGAUACACGCGCUUAGGGCGCCGCUACAGAACAUCAACGUGGCAGCGGACGAUAUAGUGCAACUAGCGCUAGAAUGCGCCGGUCGUGACGCGGCGGGGCGAGCCAAGGCUGUGUUGGAGGAACAGGCGCAUGCGCUGGCUGAUAGGCUUGAUGAGCUCGAGGCCAGGGCGGGCGAGGCUAAGGGCAGGCUCGCCGGCGCUGCUGCUGCUAUGACGCAUUUCCAGGACAAAGUAAAGAACCUAUCCCACGAUCUAUCGGACUUGGAGAAAGAGUUGGACGCCAUGAAGCCGCCAGGCCGGGACAUUAAGACCGUGAAACAACAACUCGAUGACAUCGGCCGCUUCUACAAGAGGCUGGAGAAUGCUGACGACCUGGUCGGGGACACUGAACGAGCUGCUGAGGAACUGGUCGACAGUGGAUACACUGUGGACAGUGCUAAGACUAGAGACCAGGUGGAAGGUCUCCGCAAACAGCUAGCCAAGUUGGACGAGCGCGCUCGCUCCAAGGAACAAGACCUGGACGACACUCUCAGCAAACUGGAAGCGUUCUACAAGGCAUACGACUCCGUCAUGGAUGACGUCACUGAGGCCUCAGAACAAGUGCGAAGCCUGAAGCCAGUGUCCUCGGAGGUGGAACAGAUCAGGUCACAACAGAAGGACUUUGCAGAGCUGAAGCGUCAUACCCUGGAGCCUCUCGGUCAGAACGUGGCCCACUGUAACAAGAUUGGCCAGGGACUCGUACGGUCUGCUCUGCAGGGAGUCAGCACUCAGAUCCUGGAGAAGGAUCUUGAGAAGAUGAAUGAUAAGUGGAAUGCUUUGAAGGAGAAGACAAACGAGCGCGAACGUCGCCUAGACGUAGGUCUGCUGCAGUCUGGCAAGUUCGCGGAGGCUCUGGCCGGGCUGGAGAAGUGGCUGGCAGACACCGAGGACAUGGUCAAUAACCAGAAGCCGCCGUCAGCCGACUACAAGGUCGUGAAGGCUCAGCUGCAGGAACAGAAGUUCCUCAAGAAAAUGCUGAUGGACCGUCAGAACUCGAUGUCGUCAUUAUUCGCGAUGGGCAACGAGGUGGCUGGAGGAUGCGAGCCGGCCGAGAGGAAGGCCAUCGAGAAACAACUGAAGGGCCUCAUGCACAGGUUCGAUGCACUCACCAACGGCGCCCAGCAGAGGAUGCUCGAUCUCGAACAGGCUAUGAUGGUGGCGAAACAAUUCCAAGAGGAGUUGCAGCCGUUGGUGGAAUGGCUCGGCACUACGGAACGCAAGGUGAAGUCCCUGCAACUCGUGCCCACUGACGAGGAGAAGAUACAACACAAGAUCAGGGAGCAUAAGAACCUCCACGACGACAUCCUGUCGAAGCAGCCCGCGUUCAAGCAGCUCACGGAGACCGCGUCCACCCUCAUGGCACUCGUCGGGGAUGAUGAGGCCAGCGCGCUCGCCGACAGGCUGCAGGCCGCUACUGACAGAUACGGGGCUCUAGUAGAACACAGUCUAAGCAUUGGAGACCUGUUGGAAGCCUCCCGCAAGGGUCUCAGGCACCUGGUGCUGACGUACCAGGACCUGUCUGCCUGGAUGGACGCCAUGGAGCAAUACCUGGCCAAGAGGAAGAUACUGCCCAUGCACAUGGAGAAACUGCUUAGACAAAUGCAUGAGUUGACUGAAAAAUCAAAGGAAAUAGCAUCAAAACAGGAAGCAGUGGACAGCACAGUGGAGUCAGGACUGGAGCUGAUGAAGCAUAUCUCCGGAGACGAGGCUCUGCAGCUCAAAGACAAGCUGGAUGCCCUGCAGCGGAGGUACAACGACCUCACCAGCCGGGGAGCUGAUCUACUGCGCGUGGCCUCCGAGACAUUACCGCUCGUCGAACAACUGUACAAUAGUCACGCUAGACUGGCGGACUGGAUGGCGGGAGCUGAAUCCUGUCUGCAGUCAGUGGAGCCGCGCGAGGAGGACAUCUUGCGGCUCGAGGCGGAGCUACAGGAGUACAGACCUGUACUCGAGAACCUCAACCAGAUCGGACCACAGCUGUGCCAGAUCUCUCCCGGAGAAGGCGCGACUCACAUCGAGAGUAUAGUGACGCGCGACAACCGACGCUUCGACGCCAUCGCCGAGCAAGUACAGCGCAAGGCUGAACGACUACUGCUCAGCAAGAAGCGCUCACUAGAAGUAGUGGGUGACAUGGAGGAGGUACUAGAGUGGCUGCGGGGCGUGGACUCCGCCCUGCGGAGCGCGGAGCCGCCCUCGUGCGAGGCCGCGCUGGUUCGGGCGCAGCUCAAGGAACACAGGCCCAUCAGUGACGAUGUCGCCGCGCAAAGGGUCAGGGUUCGGGAUCUGCUUAGUCAGGCAAAGAAGGUCCUUCGCGAAUGCCAGUCCUCAGAAGAGACGGCGGUGAUCAGGGAACGUACUGAGGAGUUGAAGGAGAUGAUGGAAGAAGUCGGUCAGCUCGCGGCAGAGAGACUGGCGGCGCUGGAACAGGCGCUGCCACUCGCCGAGCACUUCGCUGAUACUCAUCAUGGCUUGUCCUCGUGGUUGGAUGACAUGGAGAAACAGAUCCAGAUGCUGGCCAUGCCGGCUCUCAGACCUGAACAGAUCGUACACCAGCAAGACAAGAAUGAAAUGCUGCAACAAUCCAUAAGCAACCACAAGCCGCUGGUGGACAAGCUGGUGAAGACGGGCGAGGCGCUGGCGCGGCUGUGCGGCGGCGACGACGCGGCCAAGGUGCAGGACAUCGUGGACGCCGACUGCGACCGGUACAACGCGCUCAGGGCAGAGCUCCGCCAGCGACAGCAGGAACUCGAGCAGGCUCUACAAGAGUCGUCCCAGUUCUCGGACAAGUUGGAAGGCAUGCUCCGCGCACUAUCGGGCGCCGCCGACCAAUUACACCGCGCCGAGCCAGUCUCCGCACACCCGCCUAAGAUUGAGGACCAGAUAGAAGAGAACAACGCCUUAGUAGAAGACCUGGAGAAGCGACAGGAGGCUUACAACGCGGUGCAGAGGGCGGCCUCUGACGUCAUCAGCAAGGCCAACAAGAGCGACCCCGCUGUCAGGGACAUCAGGAACAAACUUGAUAAGCUUAACAAACUAUGGGACGACGUCCAACGAUCCAGUACAGACCGCGGCAACUCUCUGGAGUCGACGCUGGAGGUGGCGCGGCGGUUCUGGGCGCAGCUGUCCGCCGUCAUGGCGCAGCUGGCCGACCUGGAGGACACGCUGUCUGCGCAGGCGCCGCCCGCCGCGCAGCCCCGCGCCAUCGAGGCCCAGCAGGUCGCGCUGCAGGAGAUACGACACGAGAUCGACCAUACCAAGCCUGAGGUGGAGAAAGUCCGUAAAACGGGUUCCACCCUGAUGUCGCUAUGUGGCGAGCCAGACAAGCCAGAGGUGAAGAAACACAUGGAAGACCUGGACAGUGCCUGGGACAACAUCACGGCGCUGUACGCCCGCCGCGAGGAGAACCUCAUCGACGCCAUGGAGAAGGCCAUGGAGUUCCACGAUACUUUACAGAACCUCCUAGAAUUCCUGGACUCUGCCGAGGACAAGUUCUCCCGCAUGGGUGCCCUGGGCUCCGACAUAGACGCCGUCAAGCGUCAGAUCGCCCAGCUAGCCUCAUUCAAGCAGGAGGUCGACCCUCACAUGGUUAAAGUCGAAGCACUCAACAGGAGUCUUAUGAGGCAAGCCCAAGAGCUGACAGAGCGAACGUCAUCAGAACAGGCGGCAGCCAUCAAGGCUCCAUUGACAGAAGUCAAUUCGCGUUGGUCAGCGUUACUUCGAGGCAUGGUGGAAAGGCAGCAGCAAUUGGAACGGGCUCUUCUAAGGCUUGGGCAGUUACAGCAUGCCUUGCAAGAACUGCUGACUUGGAUCCAUAAUACUGGAGAGACUUUGGAUACUUUGAGACCGGUGGCCGGCGACCCACAGAUCCUGGAAGUAGAGCUGGCGAAGCUGAAGGUCCUAGUAAACGACAUCGCGGCGCACCAGGCGAGCGUGGACACGCUCAACGACGCCGGCGCGCAGAUCGUGCAGCAGGGUACGGGUACGGACGAGGCAGGUGAGACUGCUGAGAAGCUGGCCACGUUGAACAGGAAGUGGCGAGAGCUGCAGCAGAAGGCCAGGGACCGGCAGACUGAGCUCGAGGAUGCGCUCAGGGAGGCACAGAGCUUCAACGCUGAGAUCGGCGACCUGCUGAGCUGGUUGUCCGAGGUAGACAGCGUGAUCGCCGCCUCCAAGCCGGUCGGUGGUCUGCCUGAGACUGCCUCCGAACAACUCGAGAGAUUCAUGGAGGUAUACAACGAGAUCGAAGCGAACAGGCCGAAGGUGGAGGCAGUACUGCAGCAGGGCCAGGAGUACCUGAAGAAACAGGACCGACCCAACCCCACGUCACAGCUGCACCACAAUCUGAAGAACUUGAAGUCGCGCUGGGAUAACGUCACUGCUAGAGCCUCAGACAAGAAGAUCAAGUUGGAGAUAGCUCUGAAGGAAGCGACGGAGUUCCACGAUGCUCUCCAGGCCUUCGUGGACUGGCUGACCAGCGCUGAGAAGACGCUUACCUCUGCCAAACCUGUUUCUAGGGUCAUGGAGACUUUGCUUGUCCAAAUAGAAGAGCACAAGUCCUUCCAAAAAGAGGUGGCUACCCACAGAGAAACAAUGCUACACUUGGACAAAAAGGGAACACACCUCAAGUAUUUCAGCCAGAAGCAGGACGUCAUCCUCAUCAAGAACUUACUCGUCUCCGUACAACAUCGGUGGGAGCGAGUGGUCUCCAAGGCCGCCGAGAGAACCAGGGCUUUGGACCACGGCUUCAAGGAGGCCAAGGAGUUUAAUGAGAUGUGGAACAACUUGAUGAACUGGCUGAACGACACUGAAGAACAGCUGGACACGCUCAACGCUGAGGCCACCGUCAACGACCCUGAAAAGAUCAAGCAGAGACUGACAAAACACCGCGAGUUCCAAAAGGCGCUGGCGGCCAAGCAGCCGGUGUACGACCAGACCAUGAAGACGGGCAAGCAGCUCAAGGACAAGGCGCCCAAGGGAGACGAGAACACGCUCAAGACCAUGAUGUCCGACAUGAAGACCAAGUGGACCACUGUCUGUUCUAAGGCUGUUGACAGACAACGCAAGCUAGAAGAAGCGCUGCUGUACUCCGGCCAGUUCAAGGACGCCAUGUCGGCGCUGCUGGAGUGGCUGAAGAAGCAACAGAAGGACCUGGCCGGAGACUCGCCCGUGCACGGAGACCUCGACACCGUCAUGGCACUCAUUGAACAGCAUAAGCAAUUCGAGGAAGAUCUCCACUCACGUGAGCAACAAAUGCAGUCUGUCAUGAAGACCGGCAAAGAUCUAGAAGCAACUGUGCCUCGUGAAGACGCGGCCAGUAUCCGCCAACAGUGCAGUGAGUUGAAGAGUGCCUGGGAGGCCGUGCUGUCCCUCAGUGAGAGGAAGGCACACAGAUUAGAGGCUGCUCUUAAAGAGGCGGAAAAACUCCACCGCUCAGUGAACAUGCUACUCGAAUGGCUAUCGGACGCGGAGACCAAGCUUCGAUUCUCCGGCCAACUACCAGAAGGCGACGUGGAAACACAACAACAGAUCCGCGACCACGAGAGAUUUGUUCGCGAACUGAACGAGAAGCAGCGAGACAAGGACGACACUAUAUCUCUCGCUCACUCUAUCCUGAGCAAGGCGCACCCUGAUGCUGUGACCGUCAUCAAACACUGGAUCACUAUCAUACAGAGUCGGUGGGAUGAGGUAUGGCAAUGGGCGAUGCAGCGCGGCGGCAAGCUGGAGGCCCACAUGCAGAGCCUGAAGGACCUGGACCUGGUCCUCGAGGAACUGCUGCAGUGGCUCAUCGGGCUCGAGAACACGUUGCUGUCACUCGAAUCGGAACCACUGCCAGAAUCCAUCGAGCUUCUCGAAGGCCUCAUUGAGGACCACAAGGAGCUGAUGGAACACACGCAGAAGAGACAGAAUGAAGUCGACCGCGUCUGCAAGGCGUACCAGGUUAAGAGUCAAAACCAAGGUCGCGAAAGCACUCCAAGAAAGGUUUCAGCCAAGAGCGCUACUAAGGGCGCACCUGGUCGCGGUUCCCAGCACGACCUCCAUAGAGAGAGAUCAGUGUCGCCUGAUUAUUAUGGAUCUAGGCGUUACAGGUCCAGAAUUCACACUCGAAGUAGGAGAGGAAGUCGCGUGAGCCCUGGCCGAGAGACUCCCGAUCGCAACCUGCCUCACUACGGCCCAAGAUUUCCGGCUAAGGGAAGCAAAGGCGCUGAGCCUGAGUUCAGGUCGCCUCGUGUCAAGCAACUAUGGGACAAAUGGCGCACUGUAUGGUUACUUGCGUGGGAGCGACAGAGGAGGCUGCAUGAACGUCUUAUGCAUCUGAAGGAACUGCAACGAGUGUCCAACUUCAGCUGGGACGACUGGAGAAAGAGGUUCCUCAAGUUCAUGAACCACAAGAAGUCUCGUCUGACGGACCUGUUCCGCAAGAUGGACAAGGACAACAACGGCCUCAUCCCCAGACACGAGUUCAUUGACGGCAUUAUCAACACCAAAUUCGACACGUCUCGCCUGGAGAUGGGCGCCGUGGCCGACCUGUUCGACAGGAACGGCAGCGGCCUCAUCGACUGGGAGCAGUUUAUUGCCGCGCUCCGACCUGACUGGGUCGAGAGACGCGGUCCCCCGACGGACGCGGAUAAGAUCCACGAUGAAGUGAAGCGCCUCGUCAUGCUCUGUACCUGCAGGCAGAAGUUCAGGGUGUUCCAAGUUGGAGAGGGCAAGUACAGGUUCGGAGACUCGCAGAAACUGCGUCUAGUCCGUAUCCUCCGAUCCACGGUGAUGGUCCGUGUCGGUGGCGGCUGGGUCGCCCUCGACGAGUUCCUGGUCAAGAACGAUCCUUGCAGAGCUGAAGAGUUUAUGGAGCAGCUGAGGCCUAUAUUUGAGGCUCUACGUCAACGGGAGGAGCUUCCGUGUUCGUAUCCUCUGCACGUCGGUUCAACACAUGGCACUAAGCAGGCGUUCAUAUACGGCCACUCAAGAUCUCAAGGUUCCACCACGCCGGGGGCGCACCACUAUAGCCACCACCAUGGCUAUCAGCCCUCUCCAGGAUAUCAUUGGGUAAGAGAACGCACAGCUCGUUCCGUGCCGAUGUCUGCGGGAGGAGUAGCAGGCAGAGCGUCAAGGUCUUCCCUGAGUGCUGGUACACCUGAUUCCUUGAGCGACAAUGAAGCAGCAAGCGGACUUGGAGCGAGGUAUAAGAAGUCAAGCGUGCCGAGGUCAACGUUAACACCUGGAGGAUCUCGACCAGGCUCUCGGCCAGGAUCGCGAGCCGGAUCCAAACCACCUUCCAGACAUGGAUCCAAUCUCUCCCUAGAUAGUACAGAUGACGUCUUGACGCCAUCUCGCAUCCCGAUGCGUAGGGUGACGAACACAAAGACAUCAAUAGCACGUGCGGCUGCUAACGCCAACAAACUUGGUGUGACCACACCCAACGGAGGAUCACGACCCCGCACACCAACCGGUUUCUUAACCCCAGCUAGCGGAAGGUAUGCUACCGGCGGGAUGUACCGCACAUCAAGUAUACCGACACUGACACCGGUGCCGGCAUUAGUGAGCUCGACACAUUCCCAGCCAUCAUCAAUGGCGUCCGAACAUCCCAAAUCCUUAUCCCAUACUCAUCCAGCAUUCCAGACACAAGGUUCCACUAAAAUUCCAGUUUACGUUGGUAACCGCUCUCACCGAUCCCCUUCUGUUGAGAGGCGAUUGAAAAUAUCCAGAAAGUCGCAUUCUAGAGAAACUUCCCAAGAACCUAGUCCCACUUCCCAAGGCCCCUCGAGGAAGUCAGAGCAGAGAAGUCCUGAAGACGACUCCUCACUAUUCAGCAUAUCGGGAAUGACGAGCGACAAUGAAUAUGAGAGUAAUAUAAGCGAGUCGAGCGGCGAAGCGUCAAAGCCGACCCAGCGCGACGUCAAAGGGAGUGGGUCGUUUGCCUCUACUGAAGGACAAACGCCCGGCAGAAGUCGCAUCCCCGUACUAAAGGAUCACCAUACUAACAGUAAUACGAAUAGGCAAAGGACGCCGUCGGGGAGCACAACACCUGUCCGGUCAGGUCAGCAGACCGCAGUGACCAGGCUGCUAAGGAAGCCGUCAGACGCAUCAGACUCAGGCACCCCGACCACGCCUGCCUCACGACGCGGGACUCCGGCCUCAUCUCGAACUACGGAGAAACGCGAACCAUUCCGACAUUAGACGAUCAAUAUUACAAGAAACCCCUUACAUUUAAUAAUUGUGAACAUACCACAAUUGUAAAGUUGGGGACAUCACCUAUGCUAUGCAAGUCGCUCUGACGUUAAGCUAUACAAUGUAAAAUCAUGUUUAAUCAAUUGCCAAAAUUAUUAUAUAGCCCACCUUUGAACGUUACCGCGACAGAGCGGCUCGCAUGCCUAGGCAAGUGCCGACGUAACAUUUAAUAACUAACAUAAAAUUAACCAACGCGCGAAUUAAGCCAAGCUUAAUAAAAAAAAAUACGCCAAUAUGGCUUUUAAUUUAAGUGAGAACAAUUUAUAGAUAAUGGUAUUAGUAAAACUUAAAGUCUGCACUUGUUGCCUUGUAUUUUUUUCUAAAAUCCGCGCCAGUUUUUGCACUUCGUAAUUACUCGUUUUAUUUAUUUGUGCUGUCAAGAAUUACAGGACAUGUUUGUUCAUUAGUCGAUGUGAAUAAAAUACUUUCUCUUAUUUAUUGUCAACGUUGCCAUAAUUGUUAGUGUACCUAUGUUUUUUGUAUGUAAAAUGCGUAUUAUUGUCUCUAUACAGAGACUCGUAAAGUGUGAUGACGAUUUUAAUAUUGUUUUCUUUAGGGACCAUUUGGUUUAACGGAUUAAUGAAGAUAGGUGAUCGCUGGCAAAGGCUUUUAAACUGUCGUAUUCUUGCGUAUAUUUCGCCAGAUAUACGUGUAGAUAGACCGUCUUGAAGUGGUUGUCUGCAAUCUGUUAAGGUGAUAAUAGAAUACUUUUCUUUUGUAAUGCACAAUUAUGUGUUUCCCUUUAUAUUUUUAAGCCUUAAUUGUCAUUAGACAAGAUUUUUGAUUUGUUAAUAAUUCUGUUUUAUACACUCCUGUAUAUAAUUUAUGUAUGAAUCACAACUGCACAAUCUUGUCGAGAAUUUCAUUUGACAAAAUUAAAAAUCAUGGCCGACUAUCGCCAGAGUCGGCCGUGGUGGACGUUUUUUAUAAAAAAUCAAAAAUCUAAUCAUGAUGACGUAUAUAUGUAUAAGUACAUCAAGUACAUUGUCGUAAAAGACAUUGUUUAAUAAAUUGCUAAGAAUAUUUUGAUAUUUAUUGAAAUAAUUGCUUUAAAAUGUAACCUCUUUCAAAAUGUUAACCAUCGCUCACCAUUUAUUUGUAAGUUUUUUAAUAUAAAUCUGUCCCUGUUAUUAAGCUUAAUUAUUAUUAUUACGAAAAAUUAUUAAUCUGGUCAUUUUUUAUUUAAAUCAUUGUUAUAUUUGUUAUGUAAAAUCGUGGCAAAUCUACUAAAAGGCUUAUGAUAUAUUUUGUAUAAAAGGAUAUCUUUGCAUUACAUCCGUUUAAAAUCUCAUAACAAAAUACCUAUCAAAUAAAUGAAAAGUAACAAUUA